AGGCCGCUCCUCCUGCGGGUGUUGAUAUGUUAAUGCCUCCUGAUGAAGAAAAGGACCCAGAAGUAAUUCCUGAAGACAGUAGUCUACUAACGCUUCGAAUUAGAAAGAAGGCAUUAGAGAGAAGAGAAGAAACCAUAAUUGUGGAUCGGGCUUGCAGACAAGAAACACUUGCUUAUGAGAUGGAGUCUCAUGCAAUUGGAAAGAGGCCAGACAAUCCAGCAGAUCUAGUGGAGGAGGGAGAACUGCUUUUGACUCUAAAUAUCUUCUAUCCCGUCAUAUUUCAGAAGCAUAAAUAUCACAAACCUUAUCAGACAGUCCUUGUACUGGGCAGUCAGAAGCUCACUGAACUGAGAGACUCAAUUUCCUGCGUCAGUGACCUCCAGAUAGGUGGUGAGUUCAGCAGUCAGCCAGAUCAAGCACCAGAACACAUCAGCAAGCCUUUGCUUUUGUGCAGCAGUCAUGGAUCUUUUAUGCAGAGGCUACUACUCCCAGGAAGUACAAGUCUGCUUUGCUACACUGAUGACCUUUCUGUUUUCAGAACAGUUAUUGAGUGGUCAGAAUCUCAUGAUAGAGGCUAUGGAAAUCUUCAGUCUGUCAAGAUGGAAGACUAUACAUUUAAUGAUUUGUCCCUCAGAGUUGGCUUUCCAUACCUUUUCUGCCACCAAGGGGACUGUGAGCACAUCAUCAUCAUCACAGAUAUAAGGCUUGUUCAUCAUGACGACUGCCUGGACAGGAACCUCUAUCCCUUGCUAAUCAAGAAACACUGGUUAUGUACCAGAAAAUGCUUUGUGUGCAAAAUGUAUACAGCCAGGUGGGUAACCAACAAAGACAGUUUGGCACCAGAGGAUCCUUGUUUCUUCUGCGAUGUUUGUUUUCGAAUGCUCCAUUAUGAUGCGGACGGCAAUAAACUGGGGGAGUUUCUUGCAUACCCUUAUGUUGAUCCUGGGAUUUUCAACUAAAGCUGACAUCAGCCAGAAUGAAUUCUGUGAGAUGCCUUGAUGAAUCUGUUGCUGUGGCUGUUAAAACCACCAAACAGCUUGAGUGUUUUGGUUGCUGGCUUUUGGGUUAGGCUUUUAUGCCUCUCCUAUGAAGUGGAAGGAGCCUUUUGUACUUGAAGUCUUUUUGGUAUGCUUCUUUUCUGACCGGUAAAUAAAAGUAUGAUUGUAAAAGAUGUUAGCAUGGAAAAAAUGUGCUCAGACGUGUACUUUAUUUUAAUAAAGAACGUUUUUGAAUAUGCUUUGACUGCA